AUGUCUUACCUGGAGGCGAAAGAACUGGUGCAUCGUGACCUGGCCGCUCGCAAUGUGUUGGUUGGCGAAAGCAACGAAGUCAAGGUCGCUGAUUUUGGCUUGGCGCGUCAGAUCGACCAUGACACAGAAGCCUACAAUGCCAAGCAGUCUCUAAGUCUCUUGCUCGUUGCGGGUCCUGUACUUGAUGCAACCAGCGCCCAGUCCUCUCCCAGCCACAAGUACCUGGGGAAUUAA